AUGGGCAGCGUCGAGAACAAAGUCCGCCAUGUCGAUGUUCUUGUCGUAGGUGGUGGGCCCGUCGGACUUGUACUUGCAUACCAACUGGCCAGAUUCGGACACUCGUCGUCUAUAGCCAUAAUCGAGAAGCAUCCCAAGUCCUCACAAGAUCAGUAUGGCAGAGCCAUCACACUCUACCCACGCUCUACUGAGAUGCUCGACCAGCUCGAUCUGGCUGAUGAGCUGGCUCAAGAAUGCUUUGCGUGCAGGGAUACAGUGAGCUACGAUAAAGAUGGAAAUGAGGUCCAGGGUCGAGGAUGGUAUUUUAUGGAGAAUAUGAAAGACACACAGUGGGACUUUGCUUUGGUAUUGAGACAGAAAUACCAGGAAGAGAUAUUCAGGAGGAGGUUGCGAGAAAAGGGUGUAAUACUUGAGACGCCUGUUGAGUUGGUCAGUGUUACUGUCGAUGACAAUGUACCUUCUGGUGGUUACAGAGUUACGGCUCUGCUGAAAAAUUGUGUAACUGGUGAAGAAGAGACAGUUCUUUGCAAGUAUUUGAUAGGUGCAGACGGUGGGAGGUCGUUUGUCCGAAGGGCACUUGAGAUACCCUUUGAAGGCAGCACAACAGAGGACAAGUGGGUCCGAAUCGAUGGUAUUGUUGAAUCGGAUGUGCCCAAAUCGAGAGUUUACGGUGCUUUUGAAUCACCCACCCAUGGAAACGUAUUAUGGGCAGCGUUGGACCAUGGAGCCACGAGGAUCGGAUUUGCCUUUACGGCGGAGCGGCAAAAGGGCUAUCCUGAUUUCAACGAAGCUGCGGCUGUGACAGAAGCCAUCGAAUCUGUGAAGCCAUUUAAGCUGAAGUUCAAACAAGUUGACUGGUUCACCGUUUACUCAGUGGGGCAAAGGGUAGCAAAGGAGUUCUUCACUAAAGACUGCAUUUUCCUUGCUGGUGAUGCAUGCCAUACCCAUUCUUCUGGAGCAGCUCAAGGAAUGAAUACAGGUAUGCAUGAUGCUGUCAAUCUUGCCUGGAAGCUUUCCAUAGUGCUUCACGGCCUGGCGCCAUCGUCCCUUCUCAGCACGUAUGAGAGCGAGCGGUUGCCAAAUGUUCAGAAACUCAUCAACUAUGACAAGGACAUAUCAAGAUUGAUGACAAUGCAACUGCCGGCGGAUUGGAGCGGUGACCCGAACGCGGACCCCAAUGAGAUAUUGGGGACGGUGAUGGAGGAAGCGUCGACAUUUACUUCUGGGCUGAGCAUUGCAUUUGAUAGUAACAAUGUCAAUGUGCCUGGAACAUUUAAAUCGAAUGUUGAUCUAGCGCCGGUGAAGUCAGGGCAGCGAGCACCUGAUGUUCAGUUGCAAAAGCCAGCGACUUUUGAAGCCACAAGGUUGCAUAAGGAGACGCCGAAUAUUGCCAGAUUCCAUGCCAUCGUCUUCGCUGGUGAACCAGAACAUACUUCUGUAUAUUUGAAAGAGUUUUCCGCGGCCUGGGAAAAGUCUAAGAUGUUCUCGGGCGUCUCACCGAUAUCCUGGCUCACCAUUCCUGCUAAAAGCUCCCCGUCGGCCUAUGAGCUACUUGGUGUUGCACCAUUUGGAAAAGUCUUCUAUGACAAGGACCAGACGGCGCACUCUCGGUACGGUAUUAAUGUGAAGGAAGGGGCAAUAUUUGUGAUGCGGCCAGAUGGAUGGGUUGGAACCGCUGCUGCCUUGGGAGGUGAUGCGGUAGAAGAAUUGGAAUUGUACUUUAGAAAUGUACUGCUCAUAGAAUAA